AUGCGUGCAAGUUUCAUUGAUAUCCAUCCGAAUGCAACAUGGUCAGAGAAUGGUACCACUGUUGCUGGAGGAAAUGGAGGAGGCAAUGAGACCAAUCAACUCGAGCGCCCGUCUGGUUUGUACGUCGACGAUGAUCUAAUGAUUUAUAUCGCUGAUCAGUGGAAUCAUCGCAUUGUGGAAUGGAAAUCUGGUGCAACAAAUGGGAAAGUAGUCGCUGGUGGAAAUGGAGCAGGAAAUCGACCUAAUCAAUUAAAUCUCCCGCAUGAUGUGAUUGUCGACAAAGAGAGCGAUAGUCUCAUCAUUAGUGAUACAGGGAAUGGCAGAGUAGUUCGAUGGCCUCAUCGAAAUGGUACUCAAGGAGAAACAAUUAUUGCAAAUAUCGCUUGCAGGGGUUUGACAAUGGACGACAAUGGAUGCCUCUAUGUCAUUGACGCUGAAAAACAUGGAGUGAGAAGAUAUACAAUUGGGUAUAAUCCAGAAACAGUGGUUGCAGUUGGCAAUGGAGAAGGAGAUCGUCUCGAUCAACUCUCUAACCCCUACUACGUAUUUGUCGAUCGAGCACAUUCAGUUUAUAUGUCUGAUCAUGGGAAUCAUCGUGUCAUGAAAUGGAGGAACGGUGCAACACAAGACAUUGUCGUAGCUGCUGGCCAAGAAAAUAGUCCUACACGAUUGUCUCGCCCUAAUGGAAUCGUCGUCGAUCAAUUGAGUACUGUCUAUGUGAUUGAUGGUGACAAUCAUCGAAUCAUGCGUUGGCCAAAAGAAGCCACCCCAGGAAGUGUCAUUAUUGGGGGAAACGGUUAUGGAGAACAGUCAAAUCAACUCGCUUAUCCCACAGGUUUAUCAUUCGAUCGAAAUGGUAAUCUCUAUGUCGUCGAAUACUUGACUCAUCGAGUAAAAAAAUUUAACAUCAAAUGA